AAUGCGAUGCUUGUUUUCUUGACUGCAUAUCUUAUAAUAUUCUAGAGAUUUUGAGCUAAUGUUACAUUUCCAUUAUUAUCUUAGACAUGUAAUUGAAUUUUGAUACGGUUUUCAUGGAGAUGCAUAUUAGAAGCAUUUUCAACAAGUUUGUAAAAAAAAUAGAUUGAGUUAAUAGGUAUUAUGCCCAAACGAACGGUGGCCCAUCUCGCCCCGUAUGGUCUUCUUGCCCCCAUCGCCUCUAUUGGACUGAAUUCGGAAACGCUCAUGUCCAACCGGUUUUCGUUUUGGGCUGGACAUUCUCUAAAGCAACAUAUUUAAAAAAUCUGGGAAAAUCUGGAACAUAAUUAAAAAUUCUUGAAAUAAACGUAAUAACAUAUAAGUGAUAUCUGGGUAAGUAUCUGGCAAGACGAUUGAAAAUCUGGAAAAUCAAAUAAAUCAGGAAUACUGGCAACGCUGUCUCGUUUCAUGCCCGUAGAGACAACCGACACUCAUCCCAUUUUCAGUAUUUUGCUACCCACAGUGUUUAUUGUACCGUCCCUGUAUUCAUAAUAUGCUACUCGACGCAGGUAUAAAACCACCGUCGACGGUCGAAAUGUCAUCAUUACAGUUUCAGCAUCGAACUGUUCGUGUCGUUCGCAUUAUGGCUGGACGUGGAAAAGGAGGCAAAGUCAAGGGAAAGGCAAAGUCCCGUUCGAGCCGCGCUGGAUUGCAGUUUCCAGUCGGUCGUAUUCACCGUCUACUCCGAAAGGGCAACUAUGCCGAGCGUGUUGGAGCCGGUGCUCCCGUCUACCUGGCUGCCGUGAUGGAGUAUCUGGCCGCUGAAGUUCUCGAGUUGGCAGGAAAUGCCGCUCGUGACAACAAGAAAACCCGAAUUAUCCCACGUCACCUGCAGUUGGCCAUCCGCAACGACGAAGAGCUGAACAAACUUCUUUCCGGAGUGACCAUCGCUCAGGGUGGUGUCCUGCCAAACAUCCAGGCCGUCCUGUUGCCCAAGAAGACCGAAAAGAAGGCCUAAAUUCGAUCGAAGUUCCCACCCUUUAACAAAAUCCGUCCUUUUCAGGACGACCAAUUUGAUGGUAAAGAGUUUCGUUUUCAAAACAGUUUCCUUCGUGGUGCGCAAGGAAUGAUAAAAUGAAUCCAUUAAAAACAUGGUUGAAUCUUUCUGUCAUGCUCUCCCUAGUUAAUUGAUAUCCUCAUCGAGUAAGUUCGAUGAUGGUUGAUUAGUGUAGGCGUGUCUUGAAUUCCAAGAAAUUAACCAGUGCAGUGUUAUCAUUCCAUCCAAUCAAUCGACUAAAUUUUCAAUAGCGCCCU